UUUUUUUUCCACCCGGGAAAUUGGAGCACUUUGUUGUGUUUUGAUGCUCGAAGUUGUAAAACCGUUUUGCCGUGGUAACAAUGUCAGUUGAUGAAGAGGAGACUCGUCAGAGGUUAAAGGCAGCAGUGCACUACACUGUGGGACGCUUGUGUCAGAGGGCCGGAGAAGACCACCGGAAGGACUUCACUCGCCAACUCAUAGCAGCGAUAACUGAGACAACUUGGAGACAAUGCGAUAUAUUCGCUAAAGACUUGGAAGCAUUUGCAAGGCAUGCCAAGAGAACCAUAGUAUCACCAGAUGACGUGAAGCUGGUAGCCCGCCGCAGUAAUGCAUUGUUCACAUUCAUACAAAAGAAAAGUGAAGAACUUAACCAGGAGCAAGACUUGAAAAAGAAGAGUACGGCAAAGAAGAAGAACAGAGACACUGAAGAGAGCAGAGAGUAAAGAUAUGAGACUGCCUGCAGUGCCGGAUGUAACAGUACAACAUUCAAAUAAACACAGCAGUGUCUUUAAAAUACA